AUGCUGUACGUACUACAAUCUUUGGUCAUUUGUUUCCCUGUAGUGGACAAGCAAUUCACACAAUUCUAUUGGGAUAUUUUAAAUAAUCGUUAUAAAUUAAGAAAAUCAAAAAAUUUAACUACAAAAUCUGGUGUAAAAAUCAAUGUUUCCAAAUUGGAUCAUACAACACAUUCUGGACCUUGUUCAUUUAUGAUUUAUUCAAAAUCUGCUUAUUCCAAUCGUUUGAUCAAUGCAGCUGGACGUUUGUUCUGUUUGAAAAAUACAAAUUCUACCACUAUACACAGUACACCGAUGAAUAAAUUGGCUAACAAUCAAUUCCCAAUGACGACAACACCAACCACAACUGCAACGAAACAAUUCUGUUUUCCAUUCAAAGAUUCUACAGGUCAAUUACAAAAAUCAUUACAUCGAGAUGAAUCGAUUCGUUCAUCAUUUUAUCAGAAAAUCAAUGAGACACCUGAUCAAGUGACAAAUGUGGAAACAAAUUGUGAUCAGUCGAUGAAUCUAACACCAAUCGUAACAUUUACUGAUUCAUCAGACGAAAAACUAAUCAAAUCGAAAGAUGUGAAAUUUUCAUCUUAUUCCAAAGUUGAUGUACAUAAUGACAUGGAAAAACUUCUAACGGAUGAUAUAAACUAUAUGAAUCGACAUAAAACUCUACGACGUAAUCAUAGCCGUUAUCGUUCAUUACGUCGACGUCAAAUGGAAAAUUUAACUAGACGUGCUGAAUGGUUUUUACAACCAACUACAUUACCGGAAAUUCGAUUUACACCGGAAACAUUUAAAAAUUCCACUGAAACUAGUUCAAUGUUCAAUAAUAAUAAUAAUAACAUGCCUCAUCAUAAUCACAAUAAUCAUACACAAACAACAACCACAAUGUCUACCAUGUCUUUAUUAGAAGCACAACAACAACACCAACGGCAACAACAUCAAAUCACUGAUAAUCUAUUCCAACAUACAAAUCGAUUACAAUUAAUGAAUCCACGGAUUUUAUUCACUUAUUCCACUAAUGAUUUACAUCACACUGAUUAUAAUGAGACCAUUGGUCUACCAAGUGAAACAUUAUCAGCUACAGAACCAAUCAGUCCGAAUAAUCUAUGCACUACAAUGACACCGAACUAUGGACAUAGUUAUACAAGUUUAUUGAAUGUUCCCUCCUCUUGUAAUCAGUAUUAUGUAAUCAAACAACCAACGGUCAAUAUGACCACUACACAUACUAGUACUACUACUACAACAGACAAUGCAUUUCUAUCAUCAAAUCUGUCACAAGCAGAGACAAAUAUCUCGACGAAUUCACUCAUGAUGAUGUAUUAUAGAAUGCCGAAACAUUCAUUACCUUAUGAUUAUAGUGAUAUGAAUAGACAAACGAAAUGGAAUCGUACUGAACGUUUACAAUCUAGUAGUUAUGAUAAUUUUUACAGUAUUACUUAUCCAUCACACCAGUUAACUGUUCAACCUUAUGCAAAUGUUGUUCGUGAUAGCAUUGAACAUCGAUCAAGAGAUGCUAAUAAUAGUAAUAAUAAUAAUAAUAGUAGUCAUAAUGAUCAUGACAUAACUCCUGCUAGUGUUUCUAUUUCUAAUACGCUGGACACGAAUACAACAACACUUUCAUUAAGUACUACUACACAAAAUGAGGUAUACGAUAGAGGUAAUGCAUUGUCAUCGAAUUCUUGUUUUGAGGGUAGAAUUUCAAAAUCUGAUAUACGUUGUUCUGAUUGGUCAAUUGAUCAACCAAUCCGUAAUGAGUUAUUAAGUCGACGUCGUAGUACUACUGCACUAAUGACAAUGACGACAUUAGAACCUAAAUAAAAAAGUCAAUUACACACUACACAUAUAUAAAAUAAUUGGCCUGUGAAAAAUAAUUACUUGUACUCACUGAUUUAUUUCGACAGAAAGUGUUUGUCCUUCUACCUACCUAGUCACUGAUAUACUUUAAAUCCACAAUGUAUUGAUAUACUUUCAAAAUUCAAUGUUCAAGGCAUUUUGUUCAACGUUCAAUUGUAUAUAUUUUAUAAAUAUCGGUUUAUAUAUAUAUAUAUAUAUAUCGAAAUGAAUAUAUUUCAGGGGUCCGGGAAAGUAUUGAUUACAUAAACAUUGAAUAUGAAAAUUUUUUGAACUACGAUUUCAGUUCAAUGAAAAAUGAACACAUUAAAACAAAAAAUAUAUACAUAUACAUUGCUGGCAUUUAUUUAUUUGUUUAAAAUUGAAUAUUUUUUUCUGAUAUUUCAAAAUGAGAAACAACUUUAAAUUUGUUUCAAAAUUUUCUUUCUAUUUUUGUUUUAAUGAGUUAAUUUCAAUAAUUUAGGGUGUAUUUUUUUUGAAAAACACAAAAAGAACAUUGACAUUUGAAUGCAUUUUGAUUGGUUGAGCAGUGAUCGUUGCACACACACACACUUUGAGUACGCACACAUAUAUGUAUGCACACAUACUGACAGACACAAAUUCCUUUUUUCGUACUAUUCAUUGAAUUUCAAUGCUUUUUGUGGAAAAAAUUAUUAAUUUUCUCAAUGUGUUGUACAUUUUCUCUGCACAGAAAUAAUCAUCAGUGAAUCAGUGAGAGGUGUUGUGUAAGUAAAUGAGAGUUAGUGCCUGUGUGUGUGUGUGCGCGCAUGUAAGUGCCAUGUGUAAUUUUUUUCUGAUCAUUUACUACUUACUACUUACUACUACUUAAGUGAAUACAAACAUGUGUAGAAUAAUCAAUGACUUACUUGUAAUUUUUGUUUUAAUGGGCAAUAUUUUUUC